AUGUCGAUGAUCUGUGCAGGGAAGAACGAGGAAAGCCAGGCCAUGUUUGGCAGAGCGAGACAAAGCUGGUCGUCGGAGUUGGUCAAGUCGAGCGUAAGCGAUUCCCACGGCCAUCGUGCUCUUUCAACCGCUCGUCCGUCGUCGUUGUUCACGACGCCCGUGCGGAAUGCUGCCUCGAUGCGAUCUCAACGCGCGUCACCCGCCGACGAGUUUUCGCUCCCUGCAUACGUCACUCGCCCGUUCAACUGCACGACCGCCGAUGUGACGCCCUCUCCGCCCCGGCUCUCCCUGUUCGACGCGUAUCCUGCCAGGACUCGUCUCUGCUAA